UAGAUCGCCCCUGUGGGAAUUUCUCUUUCCCAAUCCCCAUCCCCUCCCCGUCUUCCCUCUCCCACACCGGCGGCGGCGGCGGCGUACCCUAGCGAGGAGGAAGAGAGAAGAACCCGACCGACCAUGGCGACGAUAGUGAACACCACGGAGGAGGAGCCGAUGCUGGCGGUGGUGCGCUCCACCGCGCAGCUCGCCUGGGCCGACGCGGGCCCGGAGGUCGCCGACCCUGAGGUGGCCCGCCUCUGCGCCGAGGCGCAGCAGCACCUCCUCGCCGCCCGCUGGCUCGACAUGGCCACCCUCAUGCUCGCCUCCGCCGACCUCCUCCUCCUCUCCCCCAGCGCCCCCGACAAAGAUCUCGAGUGCACCCUGACCGUCACCUGCAACCUCGUCACCAAGGCCGGAUCCGAGGACGAGGCCCUGGAGAUCGCCAAGCUCAUCUGCGCCAAGCUCACCCACCAGCCGGCCGACAAGACCACGCUGCGCAUCAAAGUCCUCUUCAGCCUGUACAACCUGCUUCCGAGCCUCUCCGGCAAGGCCUUGGUCUACAGGAAGGCGCUCGAGCUCGCCGCCACCGCCGGGAAGGCCGCCGCCGACUGCGUCGUCCCCACUUUCAAGAACAUCGAUGCCUUUGUCGCCUACUGGGGCAUCGGCAAGCCGGAGCAGAGGGAGCUGUUCCUUGCUGUCACCAGGAUUCUUAAAGACCACAAGGGCAUGACCAAGGACUACUUCAAGUUUCUGAACAAGUACCUGGCCACGUUCGAUGGAUCGGGUGAUGAUGCUGAUGCAAUCGGUGCGGCAAAGGAAGAAGCUGCUGCAGCAAUUGUUGAGUUUGUCAAGUCAUCUGACCUCUAUCAGUGUGACCUGCUCGAUAUGCCAGCUGUUGCACAGCUCGAGAAAGAUGACAAGUAUCAGCCAGUUUACGAGUUACUGAAGAUAUUCCUUACUCAGAGGCUCGAAUCCUAUUUAGCGUUUCAGACUGCUAACUCUACCUUGCUGCAAGGAUAUGGACUGGUUCAUGAGGAGUGCAUAACCAAAAUGCGUCUCAUGUCCCUGCUUGAUCUGAGUGGCCAUUGUUCUGGGGAAAUUCCUUACUCUGCAAUUACAAAAGCCCUUGAGAUCAAUGAUGAUGAGGUGGAAUAUUGGAUUGUGAAAGCAAUUUCAUCAAAGAUUUUGGACUGCAAAGUUGACCAGCUUAAUCAAUUGGUCAUUGUCAGCCGGCAUACUGUGAGGGUCUUUGGGAUGCCACAAUGGCAGAGUCUACGUUCAAAGCUUGGAGUGUGGAGGGGAAACAUUGCAAAUGCUAUCAACACAAUCCAAGCUAACAAGGUGACUGAAGAUGGCGGGCAGGGGAUGCAAGGAUUGAUGAUCCGCUGAUCGGAGGGGACUCCCCAAAUUGAGACUAUAGUCUAUGAGAUUAGAUGAGCAAUCUUAUUGUAUUAGACAUCUUGUAAUCCGAAAUACUUCUACCACAUGAUCAUGCUGGCUUUAUCCUGGUUUGCAGCGGCGUGCUAAGCAAUCUCAUGUUGCAUGAAUUUUGUAGUCAAAAGCCAUGCUUGAAGUCAGCUGUUACUCGUUUACACACAUAUUCCUGAUUGUUCGUACUGGAUGCCUGUUUAUCAUGAUAAUUGUUUCUUCUCCAA